AUGCCCCCUCAUCUUCUGUACGGAUCGCCUAAGAGCGCCUCCAGCCCUGAGUCGGCCAAGACAGGAGUCGGCUCAUCGCCUGACGUCUCUGGAGGCUCCCACAGAGAUUCUCGGAAGCGAAAGGUUUCGGCUGAUGACUUUGACGACGAUGACCUUCUUGAGGAAGGCGGUAAGCCGGUCAAGAAGACUGCUCACAACAUGAUUGAGAAGCGCUAUCGCACCAACAUCAAUGACAAGAUUGCCGCCUUGAGAGAUAGUGUCCCCAGCUUGCGUAUCAUGUGCAAGAGCGCAAGAGGAGAGGACACAACCGAGGACCGUGAAGAAUUACAUGGUCUUACACCGGCUCAUAAGCUGAAUAAAGCAACUGUUUUAAGUAAAGCCACGGAAUACAUUCGGCAUCUGGAGAAGAGGAAUAACCGGCUCCUGGAUGAAAAUGGCGUCAUGCAUCAGAGAAUCGCCGCUUUCGAGAAGCUAUUCAUGGCCGGUGCCAUGAAUGGUUCUAUCCCUUCGAUGCAGCAGCCCACACCGAUGCAGUAUCCCCAAGAUGGCCAAUCGCAGCAACAGUCACAGCAAUCCCAACAGCAACAGCAGCAGCAGCAACAGCAACAGCAGCCGCAAAUGACACCCUCUCCACUAGAAAUUUCUCAAGAAGGCGGUGCUGGACCUGCUGGGAUGAUCGAUGUUCCAGAGGACAUGAAACGAAUCCUUUCUGCGCAAAUGGCCACUGGCCAGCCAUAUCCUGUGCCUCAACAGCAGCAACUAUUCCGCCAGAGUCCAUCAGUGGUCGGCCAGCAGCAGAUUCGACAAAUGCAGCAGCAAGGGCAGCAGAACGGAUGGAACAAUGCAGGCCCCUAUUUUGGCAAACUCAUGGUAGGCUCGCUAGCCGGACUGAUGAUAUUGGAGGCAGUUCGGGAAGACGAGACCAGCAACGAAGAGCCUCAAGGCCGCGGCUUAUUCGCCGUCCCCCUACAGCUUCUCAAAUAUGUCCCAUCACAACUUCACUUGCACUGGUUUGGAAUUGAAGCCGGCAUCCCUCUCAAAUUUAUGAUUCUUUUCGGCCUGAUGCUGUGGGUCUUCAUACCAUCGAUAUUUUCUUCGUUCAAUCGAAGCCCCAAAAAGCCGCAAUCUACUGCUAUACAUCCUGCUCCUUCUCCCGCAUCUCCCAUCGGAUUCCGCCGUCGUGCUUGGGAGACGGCGAUCCAGACUGUCUGGGUACCUCACCACAACUUCUUCUUGGAAGCCGCCGCGUUGAUGCUCAAGACACUCAAGCUUAGUGUACGCAAUGUAUUUGGUGUCCAAGCCUACCAACUAUUAACCGGAUUGACCCCUGAGCAGGAAGUGGCUCGAGUCAGCGCCUGGGCUACCGCUCUUGAUGCCCAGCUCACUGGUGGCGACGCAGAGAUUUGCACGACCCGCCUUAUUCUAACACUCCUCGCCUCUGGAACCGUGCCGAAUACACCCAGCGGUUUGAUGCUCAAAGCGCUUCAUGUCCGCGUCCUAUUGUGGGAUCUGGGUCAGAAAUGGUAUCAGCUAGGACUAGUUAACUUCUUUGCCGCCAAGAUUGCACAGCGACAAUGGAAUGCCGCUCGAGACCUGAACCAAAGGCUGAUGAAUAGCCACCAAGAAGACGAAGACUCCGAGAAGAAGCGACUUGAACAGAUAUUGCCCGACCACUUGGCUGCUUUGGUAGAACAGGACUGUGACAAAGUCCUCACUGCCACAGUAAUUCAACGAGCUCACAACUUGGCGUUCAACUUGGAAACAACAUAUAAUGCGAUCCCGAUUGAUGGCAUGGAUUCGGUAGUCGAUGACACCGCUAUUGGAUCUCCCAUGGAUGCUCUUGCGGCUUGGUGGUCAACAGCCAAGGUGCAUGAUAUCUUGACGAGCACACUGUAUGACAAUCAAGAGGCAUCAAAGGACCAGGGAAUAAUGGAACUAGCCGUCAAAGUCGCGCCUUUCGGUUCUCAUGCUCGAGCACGGGCGAUUAUGGCCCGUUCUGUGCUCGCUACUUAUUCGCGUGGACAAAAUAUUGCUGCCGCUGUUCAAGUCCUUCGGAUCGACACUAGCAGCAGCCAGCUUAUCGAACCUAUGUCAUUUGCUACCGCCGAACCGAAUCCCUUUACCAACCUCGCACCGCUUUCUCCUAUUCAGUCAAAUAAUCCUGAUCCCGACCUUGAGCUUUGCCUGCGCUGUGCAACAGCUUCUGCUCACAUUAAACGUUUGGGUGGAAAGGUUGCUAGCAACAAAACAUACGUCCGAGCCUCUAUCGAAAAGGUGAUUGAUUUAUCAACGAAAACGAAAAUGUCGCUUUUGAGCUUUACAUCCGCCAUGGAAGUUUUAGAGCAGAUCUUGAAGCACAAGGAUACAACAAACAGCUUUGCACCGCUUGUAGAGAGGCUGGCUGCCAUUCUACGGCUUUGGAUAGGCAGUCCACUGGCGCUAAAUUGCGGCGUAGCACCCGACCUCCAAGACAAAGUAAUCAAUCGAUGCCUAACCGUUACGAAAAGAGCGGUAGGCAUGGAUAUGGAUACUGGCUACGAAACCAUGACGGACGACGACGACGAAGGUAUAUACCGAUGA